AGGCGGUGCUGAAGGCUCUGCUGGACGAGUGGGACACGUUCCCUCUCAGCAACUCGUGGGUCACCGGGACCGUGUGCUCACAGAUGCUGGGCAUCGCAUGCACCUCCGAUGGCUUCAUCACCAAACUGGAACUCCUCUACCAGCCUCUGGGGAAGCCCAUUCCCGAUGCGCUGAGCGGCCUGCAGUCCCUCAAGUACCUUGUUCUGUUUGGAUGCCAGCUGACCGGUUUGCUGCCCUCCGCCCUCUUCACGUUGCAAAGCCUCACAUAUAUGGACCUUGGUAUCAACAGCCUCUCCGGCUCUAUUCCAGCUGACAUCAGCAAGCUCAGCAACUUGCAAUCCCUUACUCUGGGAGAAAAUUCUUUUGAGGGCCCACUGCCGACGGAAAUGUCAUCUCUAAAGGAGCUCCAUGCCCU